AUUUCAGGAGAGGGAAAGUUACUUGGAAGAACCUGAAAGUGAUGAGCAGGUUCUUGAUAGGGAGAAUAUGUCUUCUGAGGCCCAAUUGGGACUCCAAAAGUAUUUGGAAAGUGACAAUGCUUGGUUUAGAGUAAAAGCUUUUUAUUUAAGCGCUAAGCUAUACAAGUACGAGUUGGUCAAGUCAACAUGUCCUGAGAUCAAGGAGCAACGUUGCAUAUGCUUGGAAGAGUAUUACGAUGGGGAACAAAUUGCAGGAAUACAUUGUGGGCAUGUAUACCAUGUUCGUUGUAUUAAAGAGUGGGUCAAGCUCAAAAACUGUUGUCCGGUGUGUAGGAGUGAUGCAUUGGCUAUUCUAACUUGAGAAUCCAUGCUCACUUGAUUUUAUCAAUCAGUUAUUUAUUUGGUCGGAUGAAUUGACAAGUGCAGUGGUGUUGUUCUUCAUCUAGUUGUAUAAGAUCAAGAG